AUGACAACAUCUCAACAUGGUCGAGCUUCAUUCUCUGCAUCAACCGGUGCUCUUUCCCUUGUCCCUUAUUCACAUACCAAUGGAGAAACCCAAAACCUUGAUUUACCUUCAUCGGCUCAAGAUAGUGCAGUAUAUACCACUGCUGACCCACCUUAUCUAUCAAGUCAACUAAAAAGUUCUGAUUGGCUACAACGCUACGGUUUAAAAUCGCAGAAACUAUCAUUUGAUCAAAUUCUUCAACAAAUUGGAUUUAAACGGCCUGAAACGUACAAUGCAUCUCUUGGUAAAAUGGUUGGUGCUAAAUAUGCGGGUAGUAUUUAUCAUGAAAUACAACAUGAUAAUGGUGAUCGAUAUGUUUUAACAUGUCGACCGGAAAAAUUACGUGAAUACGAACAUCGUUUAAUGCGAAUGUUAAAUCUAUUACGAAAACGCGUAGUAUUUAUAACCAGUGGGUCUCGUCGAAUAUUUGGAAUAAUUGGAGAGCCAAGUGUAUGUAUUGUAUGCGAUUGUAAAACAUCAGAUAGUCGAUUAUUUAAUCAAUUUCAAUCGUCGAUCAUAAGUCUACUUAAAGAACAAGUGACAAAAAUCAAACGAUUCAAUGUUGUUUGGGUUUCAAAUGAUAAUGAACAAUUUCAACAACAACCAAUCGAUGUUACAACAACAACCAUUGAUGAAGCUAUUGCUUGGAUAUCGAAUCGAAAAUGUAUUCGAACUAAAAUAUCAAUAAGUGCAACAUGUGAAGCUAUUCUUAAAGCAUUUAAUAACGCUGUUCAUAGUAUUUAUUUAAUUAGUGAAGGAAAUUCAACGGAUUCUGCACGUGAAAUGCUACGAGAUAAUAUUGUUAAAACACGACUUUCAGCCAAAGCACCCAUACCAAUACAUGUAGUUUCACUAUUUUGUCAUAAUGAAGAUACUGAAAUAUUUUUGCAAUCACUAGCUCAAAGUGCUGAUGGAAGUUUCACUUCAUAUAAAAUUAAUAAUUCAGUAAUUGAUUUAAAAGCUCCGUCAAAUUUAACUGAUCCAACACGAAUUAAAGUACAAGAUAACAAAUUAGAAUUCGGCACAACUGCAGUCAUACCUAAAUUUGAAAAUCCAAGUGAUCUAACAUUAAUGUACAAAGAAAUAUUGCAAUGCCAAAAUAUUAUUGAUCGUAUAGAAAAAAUUCUUGGCUUCAUAAAAGCUGAAAGUGUCAAUCCAAAAUUGGCAGACGAAUCAACAAAAUCAUUCGAUUCACUUAAUGUGACGAAUAAACUAAAUAAAACUGAGAAUAAUUUACAAAGAAGUCUUAUUGUUCAAUCAUCGGCAUUGUUCAACAAUGAUGAAAAAGAUUUGGCAUCAGUAGAUUGGUUAAAAAUCUAUGGAGUACAAUCACAAAAAUUAGAUUUCUUUUCUGUUCUUCAAUCAGUGGCUCUACGGCAUUGCGAUGGAGUAAUAACGUCAUUGAAACAACCAGAAGAUUCCAAUAGAAAAACUAAUUAUACUCCAGCUAAUUCCAAAAGCAAACUAAUCAAUGCAAAAUAUUGUGAUCAAUUUGCUCAUGUUGCUUGGCCAGAUGGAACUAUUCGGCAUGUUUAUGUAACAUCCGAAUUUCAUCGAGAUUAUGAAAGACGAAUAAGAGCUUUGCUUGAAAAAAUUAACGCACGAUUACAAUGGCUGAAACGAGGAAGUCGUGAUGUUUUCGGUACCAUAUUAGAAAGCAAUAUUUACAUUCUAAUUGAUACAUCAAAAAGCAUGCAAAAUCAUUUAGUAUUUCUUAAAGAAAAAUUACGCUUAUUAGUCAAAGAACAACUCUUUGGUAAAGAACGUAUCAAUUUAGUAUCAUUUAACACGGUAAUUAAUCCGUGGCGUGAUCGAUUAACAAAAAUAAAUAAUUCAAUAAUUAAUACUCAACUUCAACCAUGGAUUGAUGGACUUCACACUGAGGGAUCAACAAAUACACUAGCUGCCAUUCGAUACGCACUUGCUGAUUCCGGUACCGACGGCAUUUAUUUAUUAACUGAUGGACGACCGGAUCAAAAUGAACGGCAUAUUCUUUCACAAGUUCAAUAUCGACAAACACUUCCUAUACAUACAAUAGCUUUCAACUGUCAAGAUCAAACAGCAAAUCAAUUUCUAUUUGAUUUAGCUAAACAAACAGGCGGACGCUUUCAUGCGUUUAAUUACGGCGAUGAAAAUGAAGCGUCCAUUGAAAUUCCUGAAAGUGAAGAUAUUAAUUAUCUUAAGCAAGAAAUCAUUCUGGGUGAAAAAGAUUUACAACGUGUAACUGAUUUACGCGAUGAAUGUACGAGUCGUGCAUGGUCAAAAGAUAAUAUACAAGCAACAUAUCAAAAUUUACAGUCACCUGAAAUCAUGCCUUCAUUACCAUUGCAAAGGCAUCAUACACUUAAUACGUCAUUACAAUCGAAUAGUUCUGCCAUGUUACAACGGAUAGACCGAAAAAAACGUCCAUCAACAUGUUCAAUGCGUAAGCGAAAAACGAAAUCAGCAAUACAAUUGUUUGAACAAACAAAUGCAAUUGACUUGAAAUCAAAACAAUGGCUUUUACCAGAAACCGAAGACUAUUUGAGAACUAAUGAUAAAAGGCAACACAAUGUGUCCGUGGUAGCAGCAAAUGAAGAAGCAGCACAAGAACAAGAAUCAAUAAAACGACUUCCACCAGCAUAUGCUCAAGUAAAAUCAUAUUUAAAAAAGAAUAGUUUAGUGGCAAAAGGUUUAACCAUAUUCGAUGUACUCUAUCCAAUAUCGGUAACGGUAAAAGAACCACAACAUGUUCAAGUUAUUGAUCGUUAUGUACUCGCUAAAGUUUGGGAUGAUAUUUUACCAUUAACCUAUGGAUCAUAUAUUAAUAAAUUUCGAUUGGUUAAUCAUUAUGCUGUUAAUUUAGAAAAUUAUGAGAUGAAACUUAAGUCUCUAAUUUCUGAUUAUUACGAAUUUACUUCAAAAUUUAUUUGGCAAUAUUUAACUGAUGAAGAUAAACAAAGACUUGGUCCAAUUGUCUAUUGGAUGAGUCUAUCAAAAGAAGAACAAUAUCAAAAUGCUCAAGAACUAACUAAAGAGGAAUAUAAAAGUCAAAGUGUUUUGGAAUUAUUUACAUGGCGAAAAUUAACCGCAGAGGAACAGCAGAACUUCUUAAAAAAGUCAGUUGAUUACAACGAUAAAACAGAAAAUGUACUAAAAAAUGCCUUACAAAAUGCUGAAGCUGAAUCAGCCUUGCAAGGAGUUAUGCGUCUAGAUGUUGAAAUAAAACGUGCCAUUAAAUUUUUACAAAUCUCAACUGAUCUACGUCAACAUCAAAAAAGAGCUAAUAAUGACACAAAACAGGCAGGUGAACAAAAGAAAAUUGUCAAACGAAAACAAUUCGUAACGCGCACUAUUGGCCAACGAAUUAUUUGCCGGUAUGAUGGUGAUGGUUAUUUCUAUACGGGUACAAUACAAAUAAAUCAAGAUGGCCGAACAAUUGUUUUGUUUGAUACGGAGAUUGAACAAGAAGCAACUGGGCAUACUCUUUUACCCAUAAACACUUCGAAUACUCAACUUAAUUUAUUUGUACACGAUUGUGUGCUUGUUCGAAAAGAAAGAGAAAACGAAGAAUAUUGGGUACCUGGCUUAGUUUUGAAUCUUCCAGCUCAUUGCACUUUACCAUCUGAUAUAUAUCUGAUAGAAGUAUAUGAUUUAAAUACGAAACAAGUACAUGUUCAUCGAAAAGAUAUGAUAAGAAUUACUUUAGCACUUUUUCAAAGGAGUGUUCUUUACCUGCAAAAUAUGAAUAAAAGGUUUCCAAUGAAUCAAACCGUGGUAGUCAUGGAACCGGAAGUAACUCCAACAAAUGUACAGCCAUCUCUGUCUGAAGCUGACGUUCACGCUAUUGUUCAAGAAAUCAUUGAUCCAUUAGCACAAAAAGUUGAACAUCUCAAUAAAUCACAUCAUAAGCGUUAUAUUAAACUUCUAACAGCUUUAGAAGAUCAAAUGAAUGCAAUUAGAAUUUUACAAGAAGGACCAUAUAAACCAAAAUAUUCAGAUGAUAAUACUCAAACAGUUAGAAUACCAUCACCAUCACCAUCAUCACCACCACCAUCAUCACUACUUUCGUUUAUUAAACCGAAAACAUUGGUGUAUGCAGUAUGGCAUGGUGAUGAUGAACUUGUUUACGAGGGUAUUGUCGUAGAAUCAAAUCCUCCAAAUUAUACAAUUGAACGUUUUGAUUUCCCUGGUGUUCGAAGUAUUAUACCACGUCAUGAUAUAUUUCUUCAUUCAGAUCGAUGCCUUUUAAAAAAUACGGAUGUUAAAUCAUACAUUCUUGUCAAAUAUCCAAAUGAUUCUCGUCAAUUUUGGUGUCCAGCAGUCGUUCUUCGUCAUAUGGCUAAUGAAUCAAAAACACAAGUUCGCUUUUACGAUUGUCUUGUAUUAGAUAUAACCCAUGAGACAUAUGUUAUGCCCAUAACUGAACAACAAUUUGAAAUCUAUUCUACGCUUCGUAUCGCAAAAGAAAAAUCUCUAAUUAAUCAUGUUGUUGUUGGUUUAAAUAAUUUAAAAAAGACAUUUAUGCUAGGUACAAUUCAAAGUCGUGUUGGAAAUGGUCACCAAUAUUUAAUUGAAUGGUGUUGUGCAACUGUAUCAGAGCAAAGUGAUGAGCAUUUAUUCGGAGCAUUUACUCGUCGUAAUAAUCAUAGAAUUGGAGAUUAUGUUUUAGCUAUGGAUAGUGUUGAAAGCAUUUAUAGACUAGCCGAAAUUCUAUCUAUAACAGAUGAUCGAAAAACUGUUAAAGUCAGAUUUAUCGAUCCCAAUAAUAUUAACGAUACUUUAUCAUCAAAAGAAGUUGAUGUUCCAACGACAACUACAUUUGCAAUUACUAAAACAUAUUUUAACAAAGUUAUCGGUCUUCUUCAAACGUGA